AUGGUGGCGAAGAGGCACGCUCUAAUGGACAAAGGUGAAGAUCACUGCGACGCGCUGAUCGCUCUUCAGCAUCCUCCUGUGUAUACAUUGGGCACCGGGAGUCUGGAGGAAUACCUAAAAUUCGAUGCGGAGGACGCCCCUUUUGAGGUUUUCAGAACUGAGCGCGGCGGGGAGGUCACCUUCCAUGGUCCCGGCCAGGUGACGACUCCCAUCAAAGGGAUCUCUCUGUUCUUCAAUCCAUUUCCCACUUGUCUGUCUCUGGCCUUUCUAGCUUUCAAAAUCUCGGUUUCUUUCUGAAAGAUGGGCUCGCAGAUGCGGCUCAGAAUCCCCCAUUUUGAAGCAGAGAAGCAGUUCAAACUCCGUGCAUCCUUCUCCUACCACCAGUCACCAAAGGUGCAGAUUCCUAUCAUGGUGAUCACCUUGAGGACGAUGGACCAGACAAGUUUCUCAUCCAUCCUCGUCUCUUCCAUUCACAUCACCAUGGGCAUUCUCUAACCAGUUUCAGUGACCACCUCAGCCAACGCACCGUGGCGCCUGCUUCGACCUUCUCUUCUAUCCUUUUUUUCUUUUUUCCCAGAGGGGAUCCUUCAGACUAGAAUUCUCCACGUGGGUUGGGGGGUAAGAGCUCCAUGAUCUUGCAUCUGUAUGCCGCAAUGUGGAUUUCAGCUCUUGGUGAUCCUACAAACCAUUCUUUAUCUAUUUACUCUCAGAUUUAAUUUGACAUAUCGACGUCAAGAAUAGAACUUUUCGAAAAUAUCAUUAAAUUCUCGUAUGAGAUUAAAUUGAUAAGGUGUACUCCUGACAUGCAUUAAUUUAUUUAUUUAUUCUUUUUGGUAGCUUGUUAUGUACCCGAUUCUCAAUCUGAGGCGUCACAAAAUGGACCUCCAUUGGUACCUUCGAUCGCUGGAAGAGGUGAUCAUCCGGGCUCUUUCAGCCGCGUUUUCCGUCGAGGCCUGUCGGCUGGAUGGCUUAACCGGGGUUUGGGUUGGUAAGCUCGCAGCCUGGAAGCAAGCAGGAUCUCUGCCCAUUAAUGGAGGAUUUCCUUUACUUCCUGUUCUUCUUGUUCUUGGAGAACAGAAGCCACCGUCAUUCCUUUCGGGGGCCUUCUCUAAGUCUGUUGCUCUUCAUUCUGGGAAGAAGAGAUGAAGAACAGGAGGAGACUGACUGUAAAAAUUUCCACGUCGCAGGGGAUCAGAAGAUCGCCGCCAUCGGCAUCCGCGUUUCGCGGUGGCUGACCUACCAUGGGCUCGCUCUGAACGUCUCCACGGAUCUUGCCCCUUUCGCCGACAUCGUCCCCUGCGGCAUUCGGGACCGCGAUGUGGGGAGCCUCCACCGCCUGCUGGGGGCCCCGCCGGCGGGCGCCGAGGAGCGCGACGACGUUCUCUUGAUGGACGCAGCUCACGCGGCCGUUCUCAGGGAGUUCUGCGAAGUCUUCCAGCUCUCCCUUGAACCCGCCUCCGCAGCGGACGCGGGCCUUCUGAAAAGAAGAAACUAA